CAAGAAGCAGAGCGUCUCUUGGUUCAAAUAGACACUCGAAUAAAAUACAGAGAUACAGAACAGCCAGACCUGCAAAUAGACAAACGGAUAAAGAGGUCGGUCUGAUAGAAUAUCGAUAGCGGCAUCUCUGGAAAAAGGACGAAGGAAAUACAUCGCGCACUACAAGACCGCCCGCCACCUACGUCGUGCUGGCUGCUACUGCUGCUGUUGAAGAGCUGCACGGAUAGAAAGAGAGAGAGAGAGAGAGAAGCCCGGAGAGGUGCCUCUCCGACGACAUGCGAAGAGACGCGUUCGAUGCGACGACGAUAGACGACGAGCGAGGAUCGCAGACAGCCCUAGUCAGACACGUCGACGAAGACGACCGACGAGAGCAUCCAUGGAACUGAAAAUCCUGCUGUGGAUUCACAUCGUGGGAAUCUGCUCGGGUCUGCGACAAGUACGCAUCCAGAUACCGACGGCCGUGAAGAAGGGCGAGUCGGCGACGCUGAAUUGUUGGUAUGACACCGAGGGCGACCAGUUGUACGCCGUCAAGUGGUACAAGGGGGGUCGAGAGUUUUAUCGCUACGCCCCGAACGAGAAUCCGCCAGUCAAGACUUUCCCCAUCGGAAACCUGACGGUGAAGAAAGCGGAGAGCAACGCGACGCAAGUUGUGCUGAUAAAGUUGGAAUUGGAAGCGGCGGGCGUAUAUAGCUGCGAGGUAUCAGCUGAUGCACCUUCCUUCCACACGGCUAUAGUUUACGCGGCGAUGAACGUCGUUGAAUUGCCCUCUCAGAUGCCGUCGAUACAGGGGCUAAAGAGGAAAUACCGUGUCGACGAUAUGCUGCGUUUGAACUGCACAUCCGGUCGGAGCAAGCCAGCCGCGAAUCUCACUUGGUAUAUCAACGAUCGACAGCCUCUCAAGUCGCACGUUCGUACGUACAGUCCCCUCGACACGAACGAAUCGGAAUGGCAAGUCUCGCAGAUCGGGCUCCAGUUCCUGGUUACGUCCGAGCACUUCAUGAGCGGCAAAUUGAAAAUACGUUGCAGCGCGUCGAUAUACGACAUUUAUUGGCAGAGCACGGAGGUCAGCGCCGAGGAGGAUCGGCCACGGGUGAUACAUUACGAACCGGCCGCGACUAUCGUCGGCAUCAACUACUUGCAACCACCGCCGAAUUUCCAAACCGGUCAGAAGAAACCCGACGGGCAAGUUGGAGUGAAAGUACUGGGGUCCUCCACGAUGAACCUGCGGCCGUCAAUGAGGCUCGUUUUGGAAUUGUUUGCGCUUCUUUUAAUCGUCAUUCGUUAAAGGCGCGAAGUGCAUCGUUCGAGAAACGCGCUUUGGAACACUUUGCGUAUGUCGACGUGCUUGUGAGAUGAGAAGGGCUCGAGAGGCGCUUUGUGCGAUGAUGACGUUUCCUCUAUGGGAAUCGCCUCGGAUCGCCACGACAGCAGCAAUAUACAACCGGAGCGAACACCGGAGAGCUCCUUCGGGCCACGUCAAGGCGGUGGAAAUCUGAAAGGCUUGUCCGUACGACGGAGGAAUGGAAGUGACGGGGCGCGGCUGGAAGUUCGAUCUGCUUCGCAAGGAUAGAAGAGACCGAAGGAAAAAAGAAUCGACGACGAUACGAGGGCAAAUCCCUGCGAGAUCAUUUAUUCGACGUUCACUUAUCCGACGAUCAACGAAUGUUGCAAAAAGCACUAUAGCGACGACUGGAUAUACAGCUGAAUAUACUCACAAUAUAUAUAUGUUUUAUAUAUAAUAUAUAUAUAUAUAUAUAUAUAUAUAUAUAUAUAUAUGUAUAUUAUUAGAUCAUAUACUCUUGCUUCCUUCCAGCGGGAUAAUGUGUUUGCAAUGUGUAGGUAUACAUAUAUGUAUAUUAUAUAUAGCACGUUUUGUCGCAUCAUAUGAAAAGAUAGUUUUUUUUUCGUACUUUUAUAACUCAGAAAGAGACUAUAAUAUGUAACAUGAAUGUACGUGCGUAUUCCUCGACAACAUACAAGUACACAUACAUAAUACACAGAUACACGCAUAUGAAGAGACAUGUAUGUACACGCGAUAAACGCGAUGCGUAAAAUUAUUUGAUACACGUUUACUUACCGUACACAUACAUACUUUCUCUCUCUGUAUGAAUAAGCGAUAAGUAAAAGUGAUCGAGGAUAUUGUGGCCCGCCUAAGUAAUUUACAGUGUGCGAGAUGAUGUACCUGAAUCGGAUAUUCGCGCGAACUUCUCUUGUGUUGCUAUUUAGGGACUAUGUAUUAAUAAGCGAGGAAAAAAAAAAAUGUGUGCUAUAUCGAGUUAUAUGAUAACGGCAACUUUGUGUAUCUCGAUCCAUUCCAUAUUUCGUAUUAUAAAGUGUAACUAAUUUAUUAAUGAGGCUGAUUUAAUUGAUGUACAGACUUAUGGAGUUUAUUAUAAAUUCAAUUAACUAAA